GUCAUGGCGCUGCCCUCGCGACUGUGGCGCCUCCUCCCGCUGCUGCGCGGCGCGGCGCCGAGCGUGUGCCAGCCGGCGAGGACCUGGGGCAGCCGCGGGCAGCGUGGCGCCCGGGGAUCCCGCGGCUCCGAGGUGAUAGGAAACAUAAGACCUUUCAAGAGAGGCCUUUUGUUCUCAGCCUUGUCGUAUUUGGGUUUUGAAACCUAUCACGUCAUUUCUCAGGCUGCUAUGGUUCAUGCCGCAGCCAAAGAAGUUGAAGAAAUACUUGAGCAAGCGGACUACCUGUAUGAAAGUGGAGAAACAGAGAAGCUUUAUCAUCUGCUUACACAGCAUAAGGAAAGUGAAGAUGCAGAGCUCCUCUGGCGGUUGGCACGAGCAUCACGUGACAUAGCACAGCUUAGUAAGACUUCAGAAGAGGAAAGAAAAGUUUUGGUGUAUGAAGCCCUAGAGUAUGCAAAAAGAGCACUAGAGAAAAAUGAGUCAAGCUUUGCUGCUCACAAGUGGUAUGCAAUCUGCAUUAGUGAUGUUGGAGAUUAUGAAGGAAUCAAGGCUAAGAUUGCAAAUGCCUACAUUAUCAAGGAACAUUUUGAGAAAGCAAUUGAGCUGAACCCUAAAGAUGCUACUUCAAUUCACCUUAUGGGUAUUUGGUGCUAUACAUUUGCUGAAAUGCCUUGGUAUCAAAGAAGAAUUGCUAAAGUGCUGUUUGCAAAUCCUCCUAGUUCCACUUAUGAGGAGGCCUUGAGAUACUUUCACAGGGCAGAACAAGUGGAUCCAAACUUCUACAGCAAGAACUUGCUGCUUUUAGGAAAGACAUACUUGAAGCUAAACAACAAAAAGCUUGCUGCUUUCUGGCUGGUAAAAGCCAAAGGUUAUCCAGCACACACAGAAGAAGAUAAACAGAUACAGACAGAAGCUGCUCAUUUGCUUACAGGUUUGUGACAAGAAACGAGAACUUUUUGGAGAAGGCAAACCAAGUAUUUUGCAUUUCACUGAUUUAUAAAGAUGAUCUAUUAAUCAUCAUAAUGACUGUAUUGCCCCUCCCCCCCAGUUCUUUUGUGUGUUACUAUUUUACAGAAUAAAUGUAAAAAGAAA